CUUUGCUGCUCUUUAAACAAGGCAAACCAAUUUUAACAUGAAGCAUAUUUUGCUUUUAUUUUGGUGUAUUGCACUUUCUUAUGGACUCCCCAUCCUUUCAGAGAAGAGAAGCGAAGAACAAAACCAACAGCUUGCACAGGCAUAUAUCAAUCAGUUUUAUGAGCAAAAAGCGGAUCCGGGGCAGCGAGGAUGGAAGUUAAAUAAUUUGUCCUUCGUGGAUAAAAUCAAACAAAUGCAAGACUUUUUUAGAUUGAAUGUAACAGGAAAGGUUGAUGCUGAAACCCUAAAAGUCAUGCAGCAGCCACGAUGUGGUGUCCCUGAUAUUGGACAGUACGUCCUGGCUCUUCCUGGUUGGAGAAAAACCAAGCUUACAUACAGAAUUAUGAAUUACACGCCAGACAUGAAGAGAGCUGAUGUGGAUGCCUCCAUCAAGAAAGCUUUUGAAGUUUGGAGUAAAGUCACUCCUUUGACUUUCGACAGGAUGCACAGAGGGCGAGCAGACAUCAUGAUUGAGUUUGCAACAAGAGUGCAUGGCCGCUGUCCACGGCCAUUUGAUGGACCUCUAGGUGUCCUUGGGCACGCUUUCCCUCCUGGUCAUUACUUCCGUGGAAAUGUCCAUUUUGAUGAGGAUGAAACCUGGAUAGGCAAUUUGUAUGAGCAAAGAAGAUCUAGAAAUUACCCUGUUGCUCCAGAAGAAGAUGUCAGAAUUCCUAUUUUGAAAAAAGCCCCAAAGCUGAAGUCUUCUGCUGUUCCUCUCCCUUACUCCACCAUUAAAUUCAACUUGUUCCUUGUUGCUGCCCAUGAGAUUGGGCAUGUACUUGGCCUUGCACAUUCUAAUGAUCCAAGAGCACUGAUGUUCCCCAAUUAUAAACCCAUUGACCCUGAUGAGUCUCCACUUUCUGAAGAUGAUAUUAAUGCCAUUCAGGCCAUCUAUGGACCAUCACAAAAUCCUUCAAAUGAACCAGUGAAGCCAACGCUACCAAAAGCCUGUGAUCCUAAGCUACGUUUUGAUGCCAUCACUACCUUCCGAAGAGAAGUCAUAUUUUUUAAAGGAAGGCACAUCUGGAGAGUGUAUCCUACUGGUUCUGAAGUGGACAUGGAACCAAUUUCUACUUUGUCGCCUCUCUUGCCAUCUGGAAUCCAGGCAGCUUAUGAAAAUAUGAACGACCAGGUUUUUUUCUUUAAAGGUAAUAAAUUCUGGAUGAUUAGUAGGCUUCAAAUGCAGCCUGGCUAUCCCCAAUCCAUUGACAAGUUGGGAUUCCCAACAAACAUUCAGAAAAUCGACGCUGCUGUUUUUGAUAAAGAUACUAGAAAAACCUAUUUCUUUGUUGGCAACCAAUACUGGAGGUAUGAUGAAAAUACUCAGUCCAUGGAUGAGGAUUACCCAAGGAAUAUAAGCGAUGAUUUUCCUGAAAUUGAUGAGAAGAUUGAUGCUGCCUUCCAGCUCAAUGGUUUCUUCUAUUUUUUCCAUGGGUCCAAGCAGUGGGAGUUUGAUCCGAAGACUCAAAGGGUGAUUCGUGUAAUGAAAAGCAACAGCUGGCUUAAUUGCUAGAAAUUUUCUUAAAACACAACUCCUGUAACAAGAAAAUAGUAUACAGAUGAUUCUGUUAAAGCACUAAAACUAUGAACUGUUGUAUAUCACAGAUAAUACAUUUGGCAAGCAAAGAUCCAGUGGACCACAAAAUGGCAGUAAAGAAAUAUUGAAAAUUAGCUUUUUGCUGUCCGCAGGAUGGUUGCAAAACAGUUAUAUGCUUCUGCUUUAGCUGCUUGUAAACAGUGACUGCAUUUUCUUCUGUGACAUGGGCACUAAUAGUCUGCAUGUUUGCCCCCAAAUAAGAUUCACUAAGUUCAGGGAAUUGCAUUGGCUGGAGAAUAUGUGCCAAUUCAAUGCUAUGCAUUCUGAAAUAGAUUUGCCAUUUUUUAAAAAACUAUUAGCUUUUAAAAUAUAUUUGUAGUUGAUGUACAAUAAGACAAGAAAAUAAUUUUAAUAAAAACGAAGUAUUAUAUUAGAACAGGGGUGUCAAACUGGUGGCCCGCGGGCUGGAUGUGUCACGUGCAGGCCACGCCCACCCCAGCUCCGCGAAGGGAAAAAAAACAUCGCAAUACGUCACGUGACGGCAAAGUGACGCGGCGAGUUUGACACCCAUGUAUUAGAAAAUGUUUUUCAUAUUAAAUACAAAAUACAGAAGUUACACUUCGAAAAUCAUUACUGAACGAAAGUAAAGUUGGGUUGAAGGUUUUGAAUAGCAGAUAAACAUGCGCAUCAGCAAAUUUCAGUCGGGAAAAUCUGUUUUUAAUUCUUGCUGUUUGUGAACUAGAUAAACAAAUGGCAUGAUUUGCAAAUCCAAUCCGCAUAAAGUCAUUGUUUCUAUUUCUAAACAGUUUAAAACUGUAGUUGCACAUCAUUUUACACCAUAGUUUACUUUGGCUGAGUAUAUAAGAACUCCUCCUCUUCCAUCAUCAUUAUCAUCAUUAUCAGGGGUGUGUGUCUGUGUGUGUUUUCAUCUGGAAAAAUUGAAAAAGUGCAAAGAAGAGCAACUAAAAUGAUUAAAGGCCUGGAGGCUAAAACAUAUGAAAAACAGUUGCAGGAUUUGGGUUUGGCUAGUCUAGAGAAAAGAAGGACUGGAGGGACAUGAUAGCAGUAUUCCAGUAUUUGAGAGGCUGCCACAAAGAGGAAGGGGUGACCCUAUUUUCCAAAAUAUUUUCUUUGUCCUGCACCUGUAGGCAGGACAAGAAACAUUGGAUGGAAACUAAUGAAGGAGAGAAGCAACUUGAAAUUAAGGAGAAACUUCCUGACAGUGAGGAUGUCAGCGUCCCAGCACUGACAUAUAUAAGGAGAGGAGAAGCUUGAACUUUUGCCUACUUAAUCCCUUUGAAGAUUCUGUCUCCUCGGAGAUGGGAGGAGGAAGACAUUCCUGUGAUCUGAUGGAGAAGGGAUGAGGAAAGUGGCUUGGAAGAUGGCCAAUGAGACGCAGAGAAUUGGGGAUCAGAAAGAGAGGGAUUGGGGGGGCAAAGGUCAGUACUGACCGUGAAAGAGCCAGGGACAGAUCGCUAUGCUCAAUAAAGAGAAA